AUGGCGGAGGAGGAGAAACAGCUACUUCUGCAGCAAAAAGCCUUGGCUGAGGAGGAGAUGAGGAAGAAAAAACAGGCCAUGCUCAUUAAAGAAUUCACAACUAAGAUGGCGAUGGAGGAGCAGACCACAGCGCUGAACGACCUGAGGCUGCUGGAGAAAUGGCGACUGGUUUUCCGGAAGGUUCGAGCAAAGGAGCUGCGUGAUGACAUGACUGUGCUGGGCCAGACGCUGGAGAGGGUCCUGGACCACAAGGAUGCCGUCAUCGAGUGCUUGGAGGUCGAGGUGGACAGAAUGAGGGAGCAGUCGGCUAGGUGCCACGGCUCUCAUCUCGACCACAUCGACAGACUCCUGGAGCUUCAGCGGGAGCGGCUGUGUACCCUGGAGCAGCAGUGGAACACAGAGCUGGAGGAGCUCUGUACUUCCUUCAACACCGAGAGGGAGCAGAUCUUUUCCCAGCACCGGCUGGAUUGUACUUACCUGGAGGAUGUACACUUCGCCAUGGAGCAGUGCCACAGAGAGGUGGACACCGACACCCGCCAGGAGUUCAUGAGCGCCCGCAAUGACAUCAAGAACAGGACGCUGGAGGAGAAGAACGCCCAGCGGAUCCUUUUCGGCGGUGAGGCCGAGGAGCUGUGGCACGACAUCCAGGAGGCGGUGUGGAGCUACGCCGACUCGACCCAGAGCCGCCACGCCACCUUCCAGACCCUGCUGGCCCGCGACGAGGGCAGCACCCUGGAGAUCGACGUCCAGAAGAAGAAGAUCCAGAAGAUGCAGUUGUCCAUCACCCAGCUGCGUAACAGGCUGUCCAGCGGCCAGAGGAAGGACUGCGAGGAGCGGCUUGCUCUGGAGGCCAUCCGGGAGGAGGCCACCAAGCUGGGCCGCUGCAUGAGGGGCCAGCUCAGCAGCACCCAGUCCCGCAACCGCGGCCAGCUCACCACCCUCGUCUCCUACAGCCACGCCGCCACCAAGAAGCUCCACAGCAUCAUCCACAAGGGGGGCCGUCUCCUGCGGAGGGCGGAGCUCUGUCGGAAGCUGGAGCGGGUGGAUGAGCAAUCCCUGCAGUUCUUCUGCCCAACGCCCGACCCCCAGGACCAGCGCCCGGAAGGUUCCACCGGCAUAGACCGGCAGAUCCAGGCGCAGGCCAAGGCCAUCCUGGAGCACUCUGGGCUGGAGAGCGUGUGGCAUCGCUUCAACAGGGUGCAGCUGGAGUGCCUGUGCCUGGUGCGGGAGAAGGCGGUGCUGGGCCAGCAGAACGCCCAACUGCGGCUCAUGCUGCGUCACUACCUGGACGGCGUCGCCGUGGGCGACGACACCCUGGGGCAGCACAACACCCUGCUGGCCGUCAGCAAGCCCCUCGCCCUGCUCCCCGCCCCGCCCACCGCCCCACCCACCGUCCCGCCCGCCGCCCCGUACCUCACAAUACCCCCGGCACCGCCCGCCCACGUGCUGCAGCACACACGCUAG